AUGUGUCGCAAGCAAAACGUUAACAUAAAGGCAGAACUCACUGCCGCAGAGUUGUCUGAUGUCCAAGAGAGGCUGAUUGUGCUCACCCAACUCAAUGAGUAUCCAAUAGAAUGCAAGGCCUUAGGCAAAAAGCAACAUAUUCCAGUCUCCAGCACGAUCUCCAAUCUAAACCCCUUUAUCGACAGCCACGGUGUCUUAAGAGCCAGCGGCCGUCUACGAGCAUCUGAGAUGCUAAGCUAUGAUGAGAAACAUCCAAUCAUCAUUCCGGCAAGGUGCACUUUUGCCAAACUUUUGGCCCUCUUUACCCAUCGCAUAUCCUUGCACGGGGGUAAUCAAUUGAUGAUCCGACUGAUUCGCUCCAAGUAUUGGAUACCUAAGCUGAGAAAUCUUGUAAGAGACACCAUUCAUUCCUGUCGAGUGUGCACCAUCCACAGACAGAAGCUGCAAACUCAGCUGAUGGGAGACUUGCCCUGCGCAAGAUCUACCUUUUCCAGGGCUUUUACCCACACGGGCGUUGACUUUGCGGGACCAUUUGACAUAAAAAACUAUCUCGGUCGGGGGUGUAAGAUAACUAAGGGGUAUGUCUGCGUUUUUGUGUGUUUUAGUACCCGAGCCAUCCAUCUAGAAGCUACAUCAGACUUGACCACUGAGAAGUUUCUGGCAGCCUUCUCGCGUUUCUCCGCACGACGUGGCUGUCCGCACCACAUAUACUCUGACAACGGGAAAACGUUUGUCGGAGCCUCCACGUCCUUAUCCAAGGAUUUCAUUGAAGCUACGAGGUCUUUGAUCCUGUCCAAGUACAGUCUUCAAAAUGUGACCUGGCACUUCAACCCUCCUGGCGCGCCUCAUAUGGGAGGGCUAUGGGAGGCCGGUGUCAAAAGCUUUAAGGCACACUUCUACAAGCAAACAGCUGGCGGGAAGUACACCUUUGAAGAGUUAGCUACCCUCCUAUCGAAAAUUGAGGCCUGUUUAAACUCGAGGCCUAUUUCUCCAAUGUCCGAAGACCCCACAGACCUCGUAGCUGUUAGCCCCGUACACUUCCUAGUCGAAGAGUACCUAAUGGAGCUCCAUAAAAGGACCAAAUGGCAAUUUCCAACGCGAGACAUUCAGACGGGGGACAUGGUGGUGCUAAAAGAGGAGAAUUUACCACCAAAUGAAUGGCGGUUUGGGCGGAUCCAACUGGUGUGCCCAGGCGCGGAUGGCAAGACCCGAGUGGCAGAUGUUCUCACCGCACGUGGCAUUAUCCGACGACCAAUCGCAAAGAUGAUCCGCCUUCCGAUGGAGGCCUCCAGCUCCGAGUGA